AAAGACAUGCUGGACAGGUUUGAGAAGGAUUGUGUUCCGGGGAUGGCGUCGAUGGAAAAAAGUUGCGUUGCGAUACCAGGGUGUAUCAUCUCCGAUCACUACGAAACAAUGUCAGACCAAGAGAAAUUCGAGCUCUUAGGUAGGCACGGCAUGCCUUUCGAGUUGAAAGAAGAUUGGUCAAAAGGGUGGAAGAGACGCGUUCUUCAACGGCCAGAUCGUAAACAUGAUACAUGUGAACAACCUCAGCAAACUAGACGAAAGCCUUCUAGAGUCGAAGUCUUGGAAAAGAGGCUUGCUGAUGUUCAUGGGGAAUAUGUCAACCUCCAAAAAGGGCAUCGGCUCUGUACACACGAGCACACUGCACCUUUGGUCAGCGAAAGAGUUGCUGGAAUAGUUGAAAAUAGUGUGUUCAGUGACUCAUAUUGUCAUCAUCAAUAUCAGUUAGAUGAAAUUAACGUAAUCAAUACAGGGUUAAGUAGAAAUGCUGAGAGUGAAAUGGAGCUGCAUAAAAUGAACGAUAAGCUUGCUUAUUAUUACAUUUCUCUACAUGGUAAGAAAAAUUGUUAAGAAGUACCUAAAGCAGGUAAAUACGGCUGUCUUGGAAUACAAAAUACUAACUGUUAAUGCAAAUGUUCCGUAUAAUGUUAGGGCAGUUGGUGUACACUACGAUUGGAACUAUUAUCAUGGUAAUCCAAUGCUUGUCUGGAUGUGGGUCAUAGUUCCAUUCCCAAUCCUGCUAGCAAUGGAGUUGCUCCAUCUAUCGUAUCAAGCCGUAUCUACUUUUUGACACUUGCAGUAAGUAGGAAAUUUACUUUUCUAUCUUAAAUUACCGAUUACUAUUUGAAACAAACUAUUUAGAGUCGAUUUAUUAUAUGACAUAAAAAUAUUCUAUGCAUAACAUGAUUUAACCCGAGAAGAUGGAAUUCUGUAAAUGGAUGUUACUUGUAUCGAUAUGUUAUUCAUAAAUGUUUAGGCCAUGUCAUCUGCAUUUCUAAAUUCUAAAACAAAAUAUAUAUGUCUAUUUCAGAAGACCAUGGCUAGUCAGUGGACAUCUCAGGAUGAACAUCAAUAUAUUCAAGCUAGGCAAGUACUUGCCAGCUUGGAGGAGCGACGCAAACGACACCAGGCAAGGAGGGCCAAUGAAAGGGCGGAAUUGCUAGAUGCAACACGCGGAUUUCAUCCGUUCGGUCCUCGCCUUCUUUGACCACGGAGGAGUAUCCCGUUAUCCCUGAAACUCCCGAUGACGAGGGGGAAUAUCCUGUUAUUCCUGAAACCCCUUCUGAAAUGAUGGUGUCUGAAAGCCCUACAAGGGAUGAAGAGGAACGCAUGGAAUCCGAAAUAGAUCCCUCAGAUUCUGAAAUGAUUCUGCCAGAUAGUAGUCGGGAUCUGUUUGACUCUCAGAAAAGCAGCGCUCUCGAUUCGAAUACUCUCGAAAGUGAAAACAGCAAAGCCCCUGAAUCGGAUAACGUGGCUUCCGAAGAAGUAAACAUGGAACAUUUUUACGAUGUUGUUGAGGAGCAAGAAAGAGAUGCACCCCGCUUCGGAGGACGCGUGACGGAUUUUAACAUCGUCGUGAGACCGUUGCAUCGGCUUGUUGAGGAGAUGGGCUCCCUCGAAGUUAUAGGUAGAUUAUUUUCUAGUAUUAUUUCACGCCUAACCGAGGGUUUCUUGAACGGUGAUCUUGUAGGUUUCAUUCUGUCAGGUUCCAAUUUACGUCAGGAUGUAGGCAUUCCUCUGACUCGAUAUGAUCAACUAUCAGUCGAUCGAAUUUUAGCUUUGUUGGAGCAAAUUUUACAAUCCAACGAAGAUUUUAACAUCUCGGAAGGAUUCAAAAUACGUUUAGUCCAUAUUCGUAUGCCGCGAGGAGGUAAGGGAUCAGAAAAUAUGAUUCCCCUUGACAAAUUCAUUCGCAAAAAGUGUAGAUUUAUCCAAAUUACAAACAAAGAUGAGCUUUGCCUUGGUAGAGCACUAGUAGUAGCCAUGGCACAUGCUCAUAAAGAGGAGGAUCCUGCUAACUUUCAUCAAAUCACUCACCCUAAAAAAUACACGACCCAAUUUGAUGCGGCAAAACAACUCUUUAUAGACUCUAAUGUACCGGAGGGUGUUUGUGGAAUCCAAGAAAUAGAAACAUUUCAAAAUAUCCUGACAGAGCGAGGGUACCAGAUUACCGUCUAUGUCAAUGGUGGAGCCCACGGCAGGAUAUAUGCCGGACCACCCAAUAGGCAUUUUCUUUCUUUAUUCUAUCACAACAAUCACUUCGAUGUCAUCACUAAGAUGCCAGCAUUUCUUCGCAAAUCAUAUUUUUGAAAUACCUGUCUAAAGGGAUACGAUAUGAAGGCCAAGCACAAGUGCAAAGAUACAUGCAGUGCCUGUAAGAGUGAGACAAAUUGUGUAUUGAUUAAAAGAACAAUGUGUGAACGAUGUGGGCGUGUGUUCAAAAGUCAAGAAUGUUUCGACAACCAUCUUAAACAGGUAAGUGGUAAUAAGAGUGUAUGUCGGUUAUUUUUCAAAUGUAAACAGUGCAAUGUAAUGUUAGAUAGCACCCGCGGCAGUGACAAGACCCAUGAUUGUAGGUUCGGGUAUUGUGAACGAUGUCGUACUACGGUAUCAAAGGAGGGUCAUCGCUGCUUUAUGAUUCCUCUGCCC